AUUGACAUCAUUUAUGGCUUUAUGAUUCCUUUACCCCUCGGUGCUGGAAAACUUUACCUUAAAACAAAAGACAGGAAAUCUAGGACAAAUGAGAGAGCCCAUUCUGAUACAUGGGUUGUAUGAGCAAGGGCUUAGGUGGCUUGGAAGUAAGGAUGUCAAUUAGUUUGCUUUCAUUUUUUUGCUAUGUUUGGUUUGGUUCAAGAUAAAAUAUGGGAGAGGGGUUGGUAGGGGUGUUAAACCCUAAACCGAACUAGUAAAAUCGGUCAGAUUGAGUUGAUAACAAUUUAGAUCAAAUCAAACUGAAGUCUUGUUGGGUCAGUUUCGGUUUGGAGUAUUGAAACCCCAAACCAAAUUGAAUUGCAUUGAAAAUUGGAUGAACCCAAAACUAAAUUGAAACCGGCUCAAAACUUGGAUUGAAAUCGAAACCAAUCUAUAAUUCAUUAAAAAAAAUUAAAUUUUGCAUAGUUUUAUAUACCAAACUGGAACAAUAACUGAAACCAACCCGAUUAUAAAUUGAUAUAAGAAGUGGAAGACAAAUUGAAAUCAAAUUGCAUCGAAAUUGAAAUUUUCUUAUUGGUUUGGUUUCGAUUUCAGCAUUCUCACACCGAAAUCGAUUCAACCUGGAUCAAAAUCGAGCCAGACCGACCCAUUGACACCCCUAGGGGUUGGGUAUUCUGUUAGCUUUCGACAAGCUAGUGGUAUAUAUCAAUCAUAAGAUUGAACACAAAAGGGUAAGAGGGUCUUUUCUAAAGGGGACGAGAGAGAAUGACACAUGCUGGACACCUUGACCGUAUAUCUAGCCUUUAUUUUUAUAAUUCAAACUGAAAAAUUAUUUUCAUAACUUCAAACCGAUGGCCAAUGUUGACCGAAUUGGUUUUGUUUUAUUCGGUUUUAUAUUCGUUUUCAUUGGAAUCAUAUACGUUCUUGGUGAAGAGAAAAUGAAUGGAUGGAAUUUGAAACGGCAUGCAAACGCUUCUUUUAAGACUCAGGUUACUGGAGUAACCCCUGUAAAAUGUCUUAUAUAUCCCCUUUACUUCAGUCUCUUUUCAUAAUAUCACCCUCCAAAGUCCAAGGGCUAAAAUUGCACAUGGGCGGCGCAGGGAACCUUCCCCCUUAGUUUAUUCCUAGAGAACUAGAAUCUCCUCAAGCGUCACAGCCGUCCAGGAGGUGCGUGCCAUACGCUUUAGUUCGUUAAUCUUCUCGUCGUUUUCGCACGCAUCUUGCAGCCGAUUCUGAGUUUCUCUUCCUCGCACAGACGCAGGAUCGCUUCUUUCUGCUGAAACGCGACGCCAGCAAUGGAAGACUCUGGCAAUGUUGAUGGGGAAGUAGGAACUGCUCAGCUCCUCUGUCGUGAUAGCGUCAAGGCACUCGUCGAUUCUGUUGAAGCUUUUCUCUUCGAUUGCGAUGGUGUCAUUUGGAAGGGUGAUAAGCUCAUCGAAGGCGUUGCGCAGACAUUAGAGAUGCUUCGAUCCAUGGGGAAGAAGCUGGUGUUUGUGACGAACAACUCAACCAAGUCAAGAAAACAAUAUGCAAACAAGUUCCAUAAGUUGGGACUUGCAGUAAGCGAGGAUGAAAUUUUUUCGUCGUCGUAUGCGGCCGCCAUGUACUUGAAAACCAAGAAUUUCCCUCAAGAGAAAAAGGUUUAUGUGAUAGGUGAGGAAGGCUUAAUGGAAGAGCUGGAGCUUGCUGGUUUUACUCCUCUUGGUGGCCCUGAGGAUGCGAACAAGAGGGUAGAGCUGGAAUCCAACUUCCUAUUUGAACAUGAUAAGAGUGUUGGAGCAGUUGUAGUUGGACUUGACCACUAUAUCAACUAUUACAAGCUUCAGUAUGGAACCCUAUGCAUCCGGGAGAAUCCUGGUUGCCUUUUCAUUGCUACCAAUUGUGAUGCAGUGGGCCACAUGACUAAUUUGCAAGAAUGGCCAGGUGCCGGAUGUACGGUUGGUGCAGUGCGUGGAUCAACUCAAAAGGAACCUAUUGUUGUUGGAAAACCAUCAACGUUUAUGAUGGACUUUCUACUGAAGAAAUUCCAAAUACAUACCUCCAAAUUGUGCAUGGUGGGUGAUAGACUGGACACUGAUAUUUUAUUUGGACAAAAUGCUGGCUGCAAGACCCUCCUUGUUCUUACUGGUGUGACCACCCUACCUGUCCUUAAAGAUCCUACAAACAACAUUCAGCCAGAUUAUCACACAGGCAAACUAUCUGACUUUCUUGAACUAUUGGGACCAUGAUUGUGACAUCGGUCCUUCAUAAUUUUGGUAAGAGCUCUUUGGUAUACUUUUACACCAAUUAGCUGCCGAUUGGAACCACACACAACCCCCCCCCCCCACCCAAAAAAAAAUAAAGAAAGAUCUGCUUGAUUUAGCAACAUCUAUAUUUUGUAUAAGGGUCAGAACAGGAGUAUGUGGCCAUUUGCCUCUUACUGUACCAUUGUUAAUGGUUAAUAUGAGGAGCUUUGUUAUACACACAGAUCAACAAAACAUAUUCACUAAUAUUAUUUCCAUACCAUCUUGGAGGAUGGGAUGCAUGUUUGA